CGGUCUUAACUGCUGAUACUUGAAAGCAUGUGAUAAACCUGCUGGAUUGGGACCCUUCACGGCUGAAAUUGUCAGCUCUGUGCUUGGAUUGUCGGGAGAAUUGCAGUAUGUUAUUGGAUUUUCCUAAGAGAACUGUGGUUGUUUCAAUUCUUAUAAAAGUUCACUGUUGAUUUAGCAAGGUUAACACAGAUUAGGUCAUACUGAAAUCGUAGUAAUCUCGCAGGGUAACAUAGAGAGGUAUAGGACAGCAUGACAUCAUUGCAGCACUUUCAUGAACUGCUCAACCAUUUCAGGGCCAUGCUGGUGCGGAGCCUAUCCCAGGAAGUGUUGGGCCUAAGGCAGGAUACACCCUUGAUGGGACGCCAGUCCAUCACAGGGCACAGCAGCAUGACACGCUAUGUGCUUGGCAUUACUAUGAUCAAACCAUGCUAAACUGCAAAAAUGUCUUGCAAAUUCACUGAAGUAACUUCUCAUGAGGGAGUACAGUGCAUUCAGUGCAAACAUUUGCAAAAUUGCAGAUUCCUACGAAGUUCACCCCGAGGCCCCGGGCCAGAGACGGCUGUGCUCCUCCAGAGUGUGUCCACCCCUGGAGAUUGACGUCACCGAGGAGGAGCUCCGGCUGCUGCGAUCCUGUCGGCCGUUCCUGAGAGACCUUGGACUGGAGGUGACUUUUGUGGAAACGGGGGCCCCCAGGAUUCUGGUGGGGAAAGUGCCGGUGUGCUUUUUAGAGAGAGAGGCCAACGAGCUGCGCCGGGGGAGGCAGACUGUCACCAGAGCCAUUGUGGAGGUGAGGAAGGAGCCCCAGUAGCCUGACGAAGACAGAACUGAGGUGCCAGGAACCUUACCCGAUUUUCUAAUGCUCUUGC